AUGCCUAUACGAUACAAAUGUCUGGUUUUAUCCCCAUCAUUUCAUAGUUUAAUACAGAACAAUGAAAGCUGGCCCGGUGAAAUGAAUGUAGAAAACUUUUUGAAUCUUAUAGAAGUUUUAAAUCCAGUAGAAAUUCUUUAUCAUCUACAAAGUUACUUUAAUUCCAUGAAAACUGAAUUCGAUCAGUUUAUUGAAGAAAACAAGAAUAACACUGUGAUUUGGUCUUCUUCUAUCAACAUUAAUUCAAAGGGUAUUUCCGAUGACCAAUGCAAGCGUUUCAGCAUCAGAAAAUACAUUCGCAUGUGUAUCAACAACAUUGAUACUAUUACAAGUUUAAUCAAGAAUGUCAAAAAUGAUAUCAUCACAAGAGAAAAAGGCAUUGUUCAAGCAUACAAAUUAGGAUUUACACCAUCCCCACUAUCGAUAACCGCACCACUCAUUAGUACUAAUAUUGUUGUGACUAACCUUGUCACUCUUACUUCCUCAACAUUACCAGAACAGCAGAUUGAAAAGUUGCCCAAUCAAGAUAUUAUGGAAGAUGUCCUCAAAUUUGAGUUAUGCCAUAGAUACAUUGAUCCUAUAAUGUCUGGAUUAUUUGACGAUCCAGAUAAAAGCAUUUUAUUUAGAUGUUUUUCUUGUUUACAUAUGCAUAACCGCCUAGCUCACUCCCAAAUUCCUAAACACUCGGACCAUCUUGGUGAACCCUUUGCCAAUCAUCUUCUUUCAAUACAACAACGAUUUUCUGAUAGUUAA